UCUUGUGGCGUGUGAACGCGGCGCUCAGCGGUCUGUUUACACUCUGCAUGUCCAAAAGUCAUGGAUGAACCAACCGAUGAGCAAACAUAUAGGCUUCAGUGUUUGUUCGUUCAGUCUGUCAAGUCGGCGUCAUUGUGGCAAAGAAAUCAGUGCAGCUGUGGAAUAAUUUCGGCAGGACAGGAGAGGAAAUAUUGACAGUGUUCGGGAGCCCAAAGCUAAGCAGAGUGGACCUUUACACCUUCAACCUACAAUCUCUUGUGGUCAGCUCCAUCUGAUCUGGUGUCCAGAUGACCUCACAACAGGGAGACAUUCCAGCACUUGAGCCUGGCACGUCGUCCGGGCUCUUUAAUGCUUUCUCGUCUCCCAUUGGAAUGCCUCGGCGCAAUGUCAGCUAUGACGAUCUCAUGGAUGCACCCAUACAUUCACCCCCUUCAGACUUCAGUGUCAACAUCUUAUGGAAGGACCCUGUAAUUCCACAGCACAAGUUCAGGAACACUGCAGAGGAAAGAGAGAGUGGUGGGAAGAUGUUGACGGUAGAUGCAGCAGUGCCUGUCAAGUCCCCAGUGCCUGUCGUGAAAGCCAAAGCCACCUCUUUGAUGAGCUCACUUAUGAUCAAGCAGACCCAUGAGAACCUCCAGAAGUUUGAGCACCAGGCAGGGCUCACCGAUGCCGGGUAUUCUCCCCACAAGGGGCUCUCUACUGAGGAGACCCGCCUUUACGGCACAUUGCCAAAGUUGAGAAUGCCAAGCGGGGACUUCAAGGAGGACAGGUGUACAACAUCAGGACAAUCCACCCCAAGUGGCACCCCAUCUGUCACCCCCUCCGUCACCCCCAGUGUCACCCCCUGUGUUAGUCCCCACACAUCACCGGCUCUAAGUCGCAGGAGCUGGUUCCAGCUGAGCCCUUCACCUUUUCUUACCACCCCAGAGCUCAACAGUCCCAACCCCAGCACAGACAUGGGAGGAAAUGAGGGAGGAGGAGGAGAGAGGUGGAGCUUCUUUGGAAAUCGACCUGUGGUACAGAAGUCCCCCACUGACCCUGGCUGUGAAACCAGCACAGGCUUCUCACUGCAAUCCUACUUCGGUAUGCAGAAAUCCACUACCAUGGAUGGCACCAAACCCCAGGUCAACUUCAAGGUAGACGACCCUGCCAACUUCAUGCCCCCCAAAAUUGAAAUCUCGGGCAUCGAGGCCAAGCGAGCGCCAACACGGCCACACAAACUUAAACCCCGGGACAUGAAUGUUUUGACACCUUCGGGCUUCUGAAGCCAUGCCAGCUGUGCAGUAGCACCUCUGAACCACACAUUUUUUCUCCCUCUGGUUGCUCAUUUACCUUCUCGUUUUUCUCUGUCCCCUCUGCCUCCCUGCAAAUUCACUGAGGCUGAGAGGAAUGAGGACCACCUUUAGUAUUAGCCUACCAGCCCCAGAGACAUCACUGCACUGAUACUCCUCCCAGCUGACUUACUCUGAUGGAUUACCAUCUUCUAUUAUUCCCCUUCCUGUCUCUUCCAGCUCGUUGGUCCAAAUAAAACACCAUAUGAAGAAGCUUCAUUUGCCAUCCCUUAAGAUGUUAUUGCUUUGUCUUAUUACUGUCAUUCUGUCACGUUAUGGGUGCAUCGGCGUGCAUUGCCUUGUUCCAUAGUAAACGAAGGCAUGAGAUGGAAGUUGAAAUAUCUUGUCAGUCCUUUGCUCAAGCUAAUUACCUAAGCAUUGCCUCUCAUAAAACUGACAAGGUAUUUCGAUUCAUAAUGCUCAUUUGCUUCAUUUUUUUUUAUUUUGCAAUUAACAGAUUUCUAGUAGUGUAGUGCUUUUCUCUGUGAGCAUGCAGAGUUUAGUGUGGGAUGACUGAAAUUGUGCCUAAACUUGCAGCGUGUUUGCUUUUGCAGCGUGUUUGAGUACAGUUCUUUUUUUUUUUUUUCAAUUAUAUGGAUGAGCAUCUUAUUUUGUGAGAGUAUGACUGAUGACCUGAAGUGAUUUUUUUAUUAUUAUUAUUUCAACUUAAGUAUUUUAAUAUUGUUCUGCUUUAAAUCAUCACUCAUUCUAAACAGUAGAUAUUAUGUUGGAUUUAUCACAUUUUGUUGUAUUGCGUCACAAUUUUGUUCCAACGCGCUUUAAAAAUACAAAGCAUUGAAGUGGUCAUUUUCAUAUUAGCAUUUUCCGUGUCAUAAUACAAGAAUCUCUGCUGUUAUUUGAAGAUGUUGAUGAAUUCCAGUAAUUGCACAAGGGAGAUGAUCUCCUACUUACAUAUGUAAAUAAAUCUGAUACUAACAAGCAAAA